UGUGCCCACGUGAUGAAGGCAGAAGCUGGUUGAGGGCGCGCAAACAACAUGCGCGCUGCAAAAGUUACAGGCUGCCAACAUUAGCGUUACAUUUAUGCAUCUUUGUUUGCAAAUAACUCGAAUUUACGAGUCUAUAAGGCUGUCGGGAAACAUGCGUGACUAAAAAAUGGAAAUAUUUAGAGACGAGAGUGAGUUUACCGAUGUCCGAAUGGUCCAAAGGGUUGUGGAUUUGUUUGAGGGUCGUCCUGGUUUUCAAAGGAUAGUAAGACUUGGUCUUAUUGCGGGUAUGGAAUACGAUGAUGAGCGAGAUGGCACAGAUGAGGAUGGAACUGACAAAUGGGAAUGUGGUCAUAGCAAUUUCCAUGGAUAUCCGAGGCUUUCUGAAAAGAGUAGUGAUAGAGGAGGAUUAAGUGGGAACCAUACGAGGUCAUCCGGCUCUGUUUAUCAACUUCCACGGCAUUACUACACGUCAUCUUGUGAACUUCCUGGCCCGCCCUCUGUAAAGAUUCAGCCAAAGGAGAGUGACUCUGAAAGAAGAGCCAGAUUAUUAGAAGAAGUAAAAAAAGAGAAAGAAAAGGCUGAGAAGAAGCGACUUAAAAAACUGAAACGAAAGGAGAGAAAGCGGCUUGAGAAGGAAAAACAGAACCCUAUAAAGAAUGAAGAGGGGAAAGAUGAUUCACAUCAAUCUAAAACAGAAGGGAGCAAACCAGAUAAUGAUGAAGCCAAAAACAAUACCAUUUCCUGUGAUAAACCGUGUGCCUCAGCAAAAGAUACAGACAGCAGUGACAGUAGUGAAGACGACUCCAGUGAUGAAGAUGGCAACACCAGGAAUGACUCUGGCGACUCUGAGGAACUGGACAUGACGAGCACUUUUGUGAGUAAAGCUGCUCUUAUAGCCAGGCGUCAAUUGGACCAGAAGCCCGUGUCUGAAAGGAGGGAGAAAAAGAAGACCCUCGUAAAAGAAGAACGUAAAAUGGUCCCUGACAAACCUAAUGAAGCCCCGGAUGUUGAAAAGAAGGAUUCUGAAACCUUUAGCAGCCCCACUUUUGAAGAUAAUGUAAAAAUAAGUACUGAUCUUGCAGUUAUUGGAAAUAGGUUUGCAAGUGCUGGAGACUUUAAUAUGGCUGUGAAGUAUUUCACAGAUGCAAUUAAGUACAACCCUACAGAGUUUAAAUUGUUUGGCAAUCGUUCCUUCUGUUUUGAAAAGAUGCAAGAAUAUGAGAAGGCGCUGACUGAUGCCGAGUUGUGUCUCAGCAUGUGGCCGGGCUGGGUUAAAGGCCUGUUUAGGAAGGGCAGAGCUUUGGCAGGUCUAAAGAGGUACGAUGAGGCUGCCCAGGCCUUCAGGGAGGUCCUCAAACUGGACAGUUCAUGUGCAGAAGCAGCCCAGGAACUGAUGUGGGUGCAGAUAACACAACUAAUGGAGUAUGGUUUCACUCGGGAGCAGAGCUCAAAUGCUUUAAUUAUUCAUGGGACCGUAAAAAAGGCACUGGAGGUGCUGUCCAAACUAAACCACCGACCUGGAGCUAUUCAUUCAAAUGGAACUGUCCAACCGGCUCAAGUAGCAAAUGUCUCCGGAGUCUCGCCAGUCCUUUCAGCCAACACAAUCCAUGCUACUCAGUCCCAUGAUGCACCUAAACCAGCAUUUAGGAACCAACCUUUAGGCCCAGUUCAGAAUAUGUCGAAUGUCCAGAGUCAACAAACGGCUAUUCCCAGUCAGGCCACAAAGACCAGCAAUGUCUUCCUCCCACCACAGGAGCUGUUUCCAGUCUGGGUGGGAAACUUGGUUCACCCAGUAACCGAGUCUGUGAUAACCAAUGUGUUUCGCAAGGUCGGGGCUGUCGAUAGUGUCAAGGUUCUGACUUACAAACGAUGUGCCUUCGUAAACUAUACAAAACAAGAGUAUUGUGAUGAAGCAAUCAGACGCUUGCAUGGGUUUGAUCUGAACGGCAUGAAGAUUGCAGUGAGGUAUCCAGAUAGGAUUCCUCAUGGUUUGGGAAUUUCCAGAUCUGCCCUCAAAGCGGAUGACCUGGAAGACGAGAAUAUGAGUUACAGGCAAAACGAGUACGGUGAAGGGAGGAAUGCAGUUGGAAGCAGAAGAUCGUUUCGCCCUUACAGACAAGUCCCCGACUACAGAGGAAAUCACAAGUACUGAAGGGAAAAGAGACGCCAUUAACGGGUCCGACUGUCCUCGUCAAUAAAGCAUAACCACUGAUACUGCCCAGUACAGGUUUAUCACUUGUAUCUACAGGGUUGUAAGGCUUUGCAAACCAUUGAAGUAUUUCCAUUGGACAACAUAAAUUACUGUUUAUUCGGUAGAAUUGAAUAAAUAUCUAAGUAUAGUCCCUGAAGAUGACAUGAUUUAAAGAAAUGAAUGAUGGUUUUAUAUUUUCUGACUAAAAACUGACUGCGCUGAUGAUUCCAGAUUUUACAAGCGCUUCUUGACGUCAAUUUUUUUAAAGCGUGACAUAUAAACUGUUAUAUUUUAAUAAGUGUCUACAGUAAAUCACAGCUGGUGGUAAAGUGUCCAAAUUUUAUGAGACUUUAAAAUUAUAGUAUUGGCAUCAGGCCCCGGAAUCCAUCGUCGUAAGGGUUUUUAAAGUGACUUAAGCCAAGCAAGACAUUUGUUUUUUACAGUUGAUUUACAUAAAUCAUUAUUGCAGUAAACUUAAUGAGCCUCAUAUGGCCUGUAUCUAAAUGAUCUAUAAUCAGAAUCACUUUAAUACAUUGUUGAAACUAAACUGUUUAUUUCCAUCUCUAAGAUGACUUAAGUUACAGUUCUUCAUUCAACAAUGAAAGUUUCUUUCAUUUGUUUUCCCUGUAUUUCCUUAAAUAUGGUAUUUAACCACUGGAGGGCUCAGAAAAUGAAUUGUGCAUGUUGCUGUGGUAAUUAAAAGGCAAAUUAGAAACAUGUUUUGUAUUAUAAUGCUUAGCACAUUUGCAAAUAAAUGAUGGCAAACUAAUUGCCCCCCUCUGU